UUGUCUUUGCUGGCCUUCCCUCGCCUACCUCCUAACAAACCUUUUACCUCUCUUCUCUACUCCCAAAACUAACGAUCUCACGAUGAACUUUACGCUCUUCAUCACCGCCCUCUUCGCCCUCCUCUUCCCCAUGUCGGUUCUCUCAGCACCUGUUCUCGUUUCUCGAGAUGUAUAUGCCCCAGCUGUCGUUCUCCCAGAUAGCGGUUCAGUGUGGACUGUUGGCUCUACACAGACGGUCACUUGGGAUGCGUCUAGUCCCCCUACGCAAAUCACGAACCCCACUGGGACGAUAAGGCUCAGGAAGGGGAACAAGACUGAUAUGACUUCGGUUCUUGCUGAAGGAUUCAGCAUUCUUGACGGGCAAGUCGAGGUGACGGUACCGAGUGUUGAACCUGGCAGUGAUUACCGAGUUGUCUUGUUUGGAGACUCCGGUAACUGGGGUGAAACCUUUACCAUCACCAACUGAAAAGCGGCAUGGCUUCUACCCACAGCCCCCGCACCACACCUUUAAAUCACAUCUCCCUUUGGACACCUCCCUUUGUACCAAUGCUUAAUUGUACCACCAAACAAUGUUACGAGCGGGGUUUAUAGCCCUGCAUAUAAUGAUGGAACGGACAUGACUUUUCGGACAGUAUCUCAGUGUAUAAUGUUGUUACGUAUAGUUGUACUGUUUUGAGGACUUUGCUUAGUCUACUACUUAGUUAGAGCGUUGUAAUAGUUUUGAUGACAUUUAAUGACUUUCGUUCUGCGAAAAACG